AUCAAACAUAACCUCUUGUAUUUUAUGCUACAGACGGUAUAGUGUAUAUAAUAUAGUGACGGAUAGGAUACUCUCUGCAAAUUACAAAGGUGGCUUUCUGUUGUUAUGUUAGGCUAUUGAUUGAUGGACUGAUUAUGCAUGAAAAUCUUUUAGGAAUCAUACGGAAUGUCUCUUUUUUGGGAUAGCCCCAUCUAUUUUUUUCUUUUGAGUGGCAAAGAAAAAAAAGAUAAAAGUACUCCUUUUUUCUGGUUUUCGUUUUUUCUCUUUCUUUCUUCAAUGCGGCUGUCGAUUAGGAAUUUCUAGCUAUGAAUGUAGCUAUGAAAACCGAUGACCACAGAACAGUGACGACAGCCGGUACUUUGCCCCAAAGUGGCGCCAUCAGACAUGGGUCAUGGACGGGACGCCAUUGCUGUGAAGCGCGGCCUACUCUAGCCCACUACCAAAGUAUUGAAGGGCAGAUAAUCUCCAAGGUUGAUGACCUUAAUUACUCCAGAACAGAGCAAAGCUCUGGUUGGUUGUCUUCAUUUUCAAAGAAAGACCAAGUAGGAGGUGGGAAUGGAGUAGAAACACAGCAUAGAAAACUGAGCAUCAAGAAACCUUGCGAUGAAUUUACCUUAGCCAGAUAUUGUAAGGUGCAUAAGGGAGGACAAAAGUGCAGAAAGAUAAACUUCAGAGCCACUGCGUAUCAUCAGGUCAGCAAAUUGUGCAGUCAAGAUCCUUUGAGACAUCCCGAAUCCGGGGGGUCACGCAAAAAGGAAGUAAAACCAAGGGAAACCAUAUGGAGUAAAAGAUACAAAACCCAGAAGAUUAUCCAUAAAAGUCAUCAGAUUUACCACAAUAAAGUCAAAACUAGAAGGAUGGAGGUUAUUCGCGGCAAAGAUGCUAAAGAAAAGAUUGAUGUAUGA